AACUCCAGUUAUUUGAUACUACUUGCUGGCUGCAGAGCGUGUGGAUUCAUCUUCCUUCUGGAGCCUGAAACAGGUCACCACUAGAAACCUUGCGUUCAGCCUGACCCUGCAGAGAACAUGGAAGGAGAGAGCAUCUAUGAGGUUGAUUCUGAAGAUGGGGUUGGAGCUGAUAUAAUUUCUACAGUUGAGUUCAAUCACACUGGAGAACUACUGGCUACUGGGGACAAGGGAGGUCGGGUUGUUAUAUUCCAAAGGGAACCUGAGAGUAAAAAUGAGCCUUACAAUCAGGGGGAGUACAAUGUUUACAGCACGUUCCAGAGCCAUGAGCCUGAAUUUGAUUAUUUGAAGAGUUUGGAGAUAGAGGAAAAAAUAAACAAGAUCAAGUGGCUACCACAGCAGAAUGCAGCCCACUCCCUUCUGUCAACAAAUGAUAAAACUAUCAAAUUGUGGAAAGUUACUGAACGAGAUAAGAGACCAGAAGGAUACAACUUAAAAGAUGAAGAAGGGAAACUUAAAGAUCUGUCUACCGUAACAUCACUACAGGUGCCUGUAUUGAAACCUAUGGAUUUGAUGGUAGAAGUCACCCCCAGGAGAAUCUUUGCUAAUGGUCACACCUAUCAUGUCAACUCAAUUUCUGUCAACAGCGACUGUGAGACAUACAUGUCAGCUGAUGAUCUCAGGAUUAACCUCUGGCACUUAGCAAUCACAGACCGGAGUUUCAAUAUUGUAGAUAUUAAGCCAGCCAACAUGGAAGACCUGACGGAAGUGAUUACUGCAUCCGAGUUUCAUCCCCACCAUUGCAAUCUCUUUGUCUACAGCAGCAGCAAAGGAUCCUUGAGACUCUGUGACAUGAGGGCAUCAGCCCUCUGUGACAAACAUUCCAAACUUUUUGAAGAACCGGAAGACCCCAGUAACAGAUCGUUUUUUUCAGAAAUUAUCUCUUCAGUGUCAGAUGUUAAAUUCAGUCACAGUGGCCGAUAUAUGCUAACAAGGGAUUACCUCACUGUCAAAGUUUGGGAUCUGAACAUGGAAACAAAGCCUAUAGAAACAUAUCAGGUCCAUGAUUACCUUAGGAGCAAGCUGUGUUCCCUUUAUGAAAAUGACUGCAUCUUUGACAAGUUUGAAUGUGCAUGGAAUGGAUCAGACAGUGUUAUUAUGACAGGUGCAUAUAACAACUUCUUUCGAAUGUUUGACCGAAACACCAAGCGGGAUGUUACCUUGGAGGCGUCCCGGGAGAGCAGUAAGCCACGAGCCAUUCUAAAACCCCGCCGAGUCUGCGUAGGGGGCAAGCGAAGGAAAGAUGACAUCAGUGUCGACAGUUUGGACUUUACGAAGAAGAUCUUGCACACAGCCUGGCACCCAACUGAGAACAUAAUUGCUAUUGCAGCGACAAACAAUCUGUACAUAUUUCAGGAUAAAGUGAACUCAGAAAUGCACUAGAUCGAUCAAUACCUUUCUGUAUUUAUAAACCAGCCUUUUGAGAGUUGUAGAAGGACAUGAUCUUCACAAAAGUGUGGUCAUUGUGGUGGAAUUUCUAGAUUCCCUCCCUCCACCCUCAGUCUGUAUCGUUGGUGGCAACCAACUGUUUUAAAUCACUGCAACUGUAUAAUUGUCUAAGUCAAAAAGCACUACUGUGAAUUCAGUACUGUGGUCUAUGUCUAUUUUUUAAACAAUCGGGUAUUCAUUUCAGGACUGAUCCUGUGAGGUGCUGAGUACCCUAAACUCCAGUUGACUCUUGAAGGGACAAUGCUUCACAGGACCAGCAUCCUGCUGUGCUGCAUUCUUCCACAGUCUGCAGUGUUUAUCACAUUAUUAGAGCGUUUCACACUGGUCCCUCGAUUUUUUUCAGGAAUGUCUUCUGGACUUUCAAAGUCAAGUAGACUUAUUUAUGAGUGCAGGAAUAGCUGUGUCCCCCAUACAUUGCUGCGCACAGAAGGAAGGCCCUAGACAGUUAGUAAUAUGGAAGCAAAAUAAAUUAUUCUGCUUAUUAACAAGUUGUCCCUAUUUCCCUUAUCACAUUACCUGUCCCUAGCAUUGAGCCCUCGUUAUGGAAUUCCACAAACACUUUUACAAUUUUUUACUUCUGCUACAAAUCUUGACUUUGUGUUUCAACUUUCUGAGUCAAAAAAUGAAGAGUGCUGUCGAUAAUCUCAGCUCCCUUAGUUUAAAAAGGCAGCUUGUUCUGCAGGUACAUUUCCAAUCAUACUGUAGAAUGUGACAAUACUAAUUUCAGUGGGUGCCAUUUGAAAACUCAGGAUUUGCCGCUCCAUGGUGACUAUUCAACACAUAUAAAGAUACACUUGUUAAUGCAUAUACAUAUGUGCUAUUACAAUUUUGAGUAACAAAACACUGAGGUAAGCCCUUUUGAAAAUCCCACACGUGAUGUUUACUGCAUCACACUUAUUACUUUAAACUUGGUAUUUGCAGAAUCCCAAGGAAAUACAGGCUUAACUACUAUGAAUGGUAACUCAAGAGUUUAGCAUCGGCUCAGUGAAUUUUAAAAUGACUGUAAAAUUACAAGAUGACUCCUGGGUGAAACAGAAAACUAAAAUUCUACUUAAAUUGGUUUAUACAGUUCUUGCUUCAAAUGAAAUUCAAUGUAAAUGGAAGAUAUUUCCAUUAAGAAGUGUAUAGAAAUGGUGUACCAUUUUGGAAAUGCUUUUUAAUCUAGGAAAUCUUUCUGCAUGACUAAUAAAAUCUGCUGAAAAAUUAUUACCCCCAAAUGAUUUCUUCUCAACUCAUGAGUAAAGGUGUGUAACUGAUGCAGAUGCCUUGGCUGAUCUGCUCUUGUUAAAAAAUCCCUCACUUAGAAAAGGUUCUUUAACAACCGUACCCCAUUCUUCACUGACUUUUUGGAAAAUGGAGAAUGAACUAAUAACUGAACGUGCAUGCUUUUAUAUUAUGAUUUUGGGGGGAAAAUCUACCACCAAGGUUUACAAAAAAAAAAAAAGAUGACAACUUUUUAUAUGAAGUCUUGACAUGACACAUGAACUAUGUAUGUUUAAAUUUUUUUAGAUUGAUACUGUAUAUUCCGUGUGUAGAAGCACAAACGCAUGUGCAUCAGUUUCCAGCCAUACUAUACACAUACAGUAUGAAAUAUGUAGGUUAAUUUUAAAGGGAAUGAGGAAUGUUUGUUUAUAAAAUACUGUAUACCCUAGAAGACAUGGGCAGUAUUAUAUGUACAUAUUUAUUCUAAUUAAAGUUAAUAAUCAAUUUUUUUCUUGUAAAAAGUUUUAAGAAUAUGGUAAAUUGUAUAGAAACCUUGUUAAUGCCAAACUAUUGCUUCAAGGGUGUCAUACACUUUGACUUUUGGCCGCCUCCAUUAACCUUUGUAGCCCCAAAAUGCUAACAGCUAAUACUGGCAUUUACUGCUACAAGUACUGUAAAACAAAUUUAGCUUCUAACAUCCUCAAGUUAGAGUCUACAUGUAACUUAUUAUAAAGCAGAUCUUAAUACAACAGUAAUACUAUUCUUAUUUCAAGUACCUUAUUCUGUUUCAGGUUUGG